UUCUAGUUAGAGUGUUGUCGUGAUAAGAACAAUUGAGACAUAAGCAAGAAGUUGUAAGCUCGAAUAAGCAAUAAGUGUUAAGUCGUUGGAAUUAGAAAUAAAGAUAAGUGUGUAGCCAUUAAAUUGGGACUUUUAUUUAACAAUCCAGUGAUCGAACUCAAGAGUGAGUUACAGGUAGACGAUUUAUCGAGAAAUCCGUUACAAUAUGUACUUAAAUUUAUCGAUAAGAAAUCGCUCUAAUUCAAUAACUAUAUAUUUUAUUUACAUAUAUUACACGUUGUUUGUUGCGUGGUAUAAAAAUUGCAAAAUUGAUAUUUGACAGAAUCUCUCAAGAUCAUAUAUACCUUUUACAUUUUUUUAAUAGAUCAGAUUAAAUUAAUAUACAUAUAUUUUGAAACUUGAAAACUUCAACCUGUCUGGAACCAUUUCAUACAUUGUAUAAAAUUAUAAAUUUUCCCUUAUAUUACAUUAAAUCUAUACGUUAAAAAAUAGUUAUGCUUUAUUAUUUGUUUAAAUUUUUUUUGUAAUGUCGAAAGAGAACUGAAGAGAAGUGUUUAUGGUUUAGAAAAAAAAUAUUCAAAGGAAACGUUAGAUCAAAUAAAUUCUAGGAACCAUUGUAAAAAAUUCACCGGUACUUUGAAAAUACUAAAAUUUUUGUAUUAAUAUAAAUAAGUAAUACAAUUUUAGGAAAUUCGAAUGGGUUUUAAUUAUUUUUUAUACUUUGUUCCGUCGUAUCGUUAAUUUACAUACAAAAUAUCGUGGAUCGCGCAAUCAAUAUUGCACGUUUAAAUCGUGAUUCGGAUUUCUAAAUAAAUAUUUAAAUAUUUUGUGAUAUGGAUCGCAAUAUUGCAUACUACUUUUUUAAUAUAAAUUGAACGCCAUCCAGGACCGCGAUAUUAAUUGAACGUGUAGCAAUGAGCCCCCCAUUUAUUGGCUCUAAUAUCAGAGAACGUAUAUCAAAGUUCUCUGCUAAUAUCCAUAUGCGAUACAUAUAAAAGGAUCUGAAAUUUUUGCAACUCUGCGUUCAGAAACAGAUGGUCAUCCAAUCAUUUGAAAAUUCUUAAGUUUCGUUUAUGUAGCCAUUGAUAUGGUAUUUUUUUUGACGCUUGGUUUUGUUGUGUUGCAAUAUAAUUUUAAUUUAUCAAAAGAUGGUGGAUAUAAAUCUCUGGAUGUUCCUCGGUAUUAUGACAGUUUUUAGUUUCGUAAAUGGGUAUGAAAAGGAAAUGACAGUAUAUAUAGAAGCUGGCAGAAAAGAAUGCUUUUACCAUCCCGUACGAAAUGGGGAAACUAUCGAUAUAGAAUAUCAAGUGAUUGAUGGUGGGCAUGGGGACUUAGAUAUAAGCUUUUCACUUCUGGAUCCUAUAGGAUUAGUAAUAGUAAGCGACUAUAAAAAACCGGAAAACAUACAUCGUCAUGAGGCAAACAAAGACGGAGAUUAUCGCUUCUGUUUUGAUAACACUUUCAGUUCUUAUAAUCGAAAAACUGUAUUCUUUGAACUUAUUAUUGAGCAAGAAGGACAGUCAGCUUUUGAUAACGAUUGGGAUAAUGCCUCUACUUCCAAAACACCGGAGGAAUUGUAUGAUAUUCAAGUUCAUGAAAUCUUGGAGUAUAUUGGACGCGUACACAUGCAAAUAGCAAAAGCUCAUCAAAUAUUAAACAUGUUACGAUCAACAGAGGCACGAGAUCGCAAUCUAGCGGAGGCUAAUUACUCGAAAAUAAAUAAAUGGUCACUCUUUCAAAUAUGUGCUAUGAUUUUGGUGGGACUUUUACAAGUGUUCAUGGUUCGAAGUAUAUUUGAUACAAAUACGCGAAUGAGCACUUUCUGGAAAAAAUUGAGAAUGUGAUGCACAUUCAAACAUAUCCGGUCUAUAAAGCGAAUGGAACAAAAUAAUAUGAGUGUAUGCCUUUACGUGGAAAUAUUCCGCCAUUUAAACCAAAGAAAAUAUUCCAAAUUUUAUGGAAUAACAUAUACUACAUGUGUAUGAAAAAUACUCAAUAUAACUGAAUAAUACUUGGAAUGUAAAUCUUACUUUAAGACGAUCUCAAAAAACAGCAAUUCUUAAAUAAUCAACCUCCAGUUGGGUAAAUGUAUUGUUAUGCAGUCUGCCAUAGUAAAAUUAAGAGUCAUAUUGUUAAAAAUGUUUGCUGUAUAAAAAAUUGUAGCCAUUUUAGCUUUAUAUCAGAAUAUAUUGAACCAAUUUUUUAUUACUUCAAUUAUAUGUAUAUUUGUAUGUAUUAUUAUUCUAAAACGAUGUGAUUAAGUUUGUCCAACUUUGCGCUGUUCUCGGAGCAUUUGAAAUGAUAUGCCAGUUUCUUUGUGCGUACUUCGUGGAAAACGUUUUACUUUCUUUGACUUUUGCUUGCCAGUUGCAACACUUACAGGCAAAAUGUUUCGUUUUUGGAAGUUUUUAAAUCGAUCCACCAACAAACUGGAUUCUGGUUUCACAUUUCGCAGAUUACCAGCAAUGUCCUCUGGCAUAUUGAUAUCUAUGUCUGGAUCCACAUACUUACGACGUCCUAAGCGUUUAGUUUCGAAUUUUUUCUUUAACUCGACCUUUUUGCGGUGCUUUUUUAAAAUCUUUAAAGCUUCCUCUUCGGCAAUGACUUCGGUUUUAA